UGUGAUGUGCGCCUCUCCAGAUUCAAUUAGAGAAAUAAUGAUGACUGCUCAUGAUCUUGGCAUGGUGGAUAGCGGAGAAUAUGCAUUCUUUAGUGUUGAACUUUUCACUAGCACAAAUGAAAGCCGCAGACCAUGGUUCCGUGAGAAAGAUACAAUGGAGACAAAUCAAAAGGCGAAAAAGGCUUACGAAGCAUUGCUGACCGUCACGGCCAGGAUACCCGUCACAGCUGAAUACGCAGAAUUUUCUAGGGGAGUUAAGAAUCUUUCUCAGCAGUACUUUGGAAAACCCUAUGGGAAGGAGGAAGUGAACACUUACGUUACAGCCUUUCAUGAUGCUGUGAUUUUAUAUUCAUUAGCCGUAAAUGAAACCCUGAGGGAAGGACUGAGUGUGAAGAAUGGAACUCUCGUUACUCAAAAGAUGUGGAACCGCACAUUCGAAGGCAUAACCGGGAAUGUAAGCAUAAAUGAAAAAGGUGAUCGAUUUGUCGACUACUCUCUCCUGGAUAUGGAUCCGGAAACUGGAACGUUUGAGGUCGUUGCCAACUAUUAUGGAGUGAGCCAACAGUUUGUAGACAUCCCUGGAAAGCAUAUACAUUGGGCUGGAAACCGGGGAGAACCACCUUCUGAUGUCCCUACCUGCGGAUUUGAUGGAUCUCUAUGUUCAGAUGAAUUAUUUCCUCAGUACGUAAUUGUGACCUCUGUCCUGAGCACAGUUGUUGUCGUAUUUAUCAUCAUGUCAUUCUUUAUAUACAGGCAUUUCCAGUUGGAGGCUGAAUUAGCUUCUAUGACUUGGAAGAUCCGAUGGGAAGAUAUUGUGAACACCAAACAGGGAGUCAAGAAAAGAUCUGGAUCAAGACAAAGUUUGAAUAGAAGCUUAGGGAGCUCCUGCCCAUCUGAAGCAAUGUCAAUAGCUGACAAUAGACAGGUUUUCGUACGUAAUGGAUAUUAUAAGGGAAUGGUUGUUGCCAUCAAAACCAUCAAUAAGUCAAGAGUCGACAUAACCAGGUCUCUGUUGCUUGAACUCAAAAGGAUGAAAGAUUUGCAACAUGAGCACAUUGUACGUUUUGUUGGAUGCUGCGUUGAUCCACCACACUGUUGUCUUGUCACCGAAUAUUGCCAGAAGGGAAGUUUACAGGAUAUACUGGAAAAUGAAGAAAUAAAAUUGGAUUCGAUGUUUAGAUUCAGUCUCAUGCAUGAUGUCGUUAAGGGGAUGGCUUAUCUGCACAGCAGUGAAAUUCGUUCUCAUGGCAACCUGAAGUCAACUAACUGCGUGGUAGACAGCAGAUUCGUACUUAAAGUAACCGAUUUCGGUCUUCACUGCUUAAGGAUUUACGAUGAAAAUGAUAAUGAAGAUUCAUAUGCUCACUGGAGGCGCAAGCUAUGGACUGCUCCUGAACUUCUCAGGAUGAACAAUCCACCACUGGAGGGCACGCAGAAGGGAGACGUCUAUUCAUUUGCCAUCAUUGCUCACGAGAUUGUGGUACGACAAGGGGUUUUCUAUAUGGGUACUGAUGUAUCGCCAAAAGAAAUCAUUGAAAAUGUAAUGUAUGGGACGAAACCCUAUCGACCAUUACUGGAAUUAGAAAACUGCGACGAAGGUGUGAUCCAAGUCAUUCGAAAAUGCUGGUCUGAAGAGCCGACGGAACGACCCGAUUUCCAGACUCUGAAGUCGAUUAUAAGAAAAUUAAACAAGGAAAAUGAAAGUGGCAACAUCUUGGACAAUCUUUUGUCUCGCAUGGAGCAAUACGCGAACAACCUGGAGAGCUUAGUCGAAGAAAGAACGGCUGAUUACCUGGAGGAAAAAAGGAAAGCGGAAAAUCUUCUUUACCAGCUGUUGCCGAAAUCAGUUGCCAGCCAGCUUAUCGCAGGACAGUCAGUUACAGCAGAAGCAUUUGAUGGCGUCACCAUCUACUUCAGUGACAUUGUUGGAUUUACUUCUCUAUCAGCUCAAAGCACGCCGAUGCAGGUGAUCGAUUUAUUAAAUGAUCUCUAUACUUGCUUUGAUUCCAUCAUAGAAAACUUUGACGUUUAUAAGGUAGAAACUAUUGGAGAUGCAUACAUGGUCGUGUCAGGACUGCCUGUGCGAAAUGGAAAUCUACACGCCAGAGAAAUCGCAAGGAUGUCACUAAGCCUCCUUGAUGCUGUUCUUUGUUUCACAAUCAAACAUCGCCCAAAAGAACAACUGAAGCUAAGAAUUGGAAUACAUUCAGGACCAUGUGCAGCUGGUGUUGUAGGACUGAAAAUGCCACGGUUUUGUUUAUUUGGAGAUACCGUAAAUACAGCAUCAAGAAUGGAAUCGAAUGGAUUACCAUUAAAAAUACACGUCAGCAGCAGCACCAAGGAAGUACUUGAUACAUUUAAAACAUUCAAACUGGAAUUAAGAGGAGAAGUUGAGAUGAAGGGCAAAGGAAAACAGACCACUUAUUGGCUACUUGGCGAGGAAAAAGAAUCAGAAAUUACCCCGGAUAAUAAAGAAACCGCCAAGGAAACAAAUCUAUGAUUCUGUGUAAAUUACAAUUUUGUGUUUUAGUGUGAUUGUAUCUGCAUGGUAAUAAAA